GCUAUACCACAACACACCAUACAUAAAAAACCUUCCCAACACGCUCUUGCCUCAUUCUUGCUCUAAUACCUUCUGUGAGCAUGGCUGAAGAGAAGCAGCACCAUGGCCUCUUCCACCACCACAAGAGCGAGGAGAAACCAGUUGAGGCCGGUGUCUACUCUGAGACCGCUGAGUAUUCAGAGACUGCCACAGGUUAUGAUGCUCCACCUCCUGAGGCCGGUGUCUACUCUGAGACCGCUAAGUAUUCAGAGACUGCCACAGGUUAUGAUGCUCCACCUCCUGCUGUCCCAGAUGUUGAUUACAGAAAAGAAGAGAAGCAUCACAAGCAUCUUGAGCACGUUGGUGAGCUUGGAACUGCUGCCGCUGGUGCUUUUGCCAUGUAUGAGAAGCACGAGUCAAAGAAAGACCCAGAGCAUGCACACAGGCACAAGAUAGAGGAGGAGAUUGCCGCGGCAGCUGCAGUUGGAUCCGGUGGAUUUGUAUUCCAUGAGCAACAUGAGAAGAAAGAAACCAAGAAAGAGGAAGAAGAGGCUAACGGAAAGAAGCACCACCACUUCUAAUUGUUUUAAUUAAUUAAUUAAUCAAUCUUGUGUGUUACAGGCCUUAAUCUUGGUUACGUGUACUAAUCACUAUAGUUAUAAAUCACCCCUCCUAAAUAAUACCUGUAUGCACGAGAUUUUGUAUCCCUGCCGAAUCGGUGCUAUCUGGCUCUUUUGCUUUUGUACGCAAUAUUAAUUCUUGUUUAUAAUAAUAUCUGAGAUGUUUAUGUGA